UUCAGAGAGAGGAGGAGAGAGCAUUGGUUGGGAUUAGGCCUGGGCUGCAGGUUAGACGGGAUUACGGCGCGCAGCGCGGCGCACUUCACUCCGCUGUGCGUUCUGCUAUGGAUUUCUCCGCACGGCAUUUGUGAACCACAUUUAAGACCUGUCACUAACAUCCCUCGAUCCUGGUGAUAGACCAGAUAUCUAUGGAAACAUGGCCGACGUCCCUCAGCUCGUCAAAAUUGGGAUUUCACUGAAGAUGCUUCCCAACAACACCGCGGUGCACUUCAAGUCCGACGGCGCCAGGUUCGGACAGACCCGGACCAUCAAGCUGCUGACCGGGUCUAAGUACAAAAUCGAGGUGGUCGUUAAACCAGGAGCGGUCGAGGCCACGUCGAUGAGUGUGGGCGGGGUGACCUUCCCCCUGGAGCAGCAGUCCAAAGACCCGCAGUCAGUGGUCUACAGUGGGCAGUACGACACAGAAGGGGUGGCACACACCAAGAGUGGAGAGAGGCAGCCAGUUCAAAUCAGCAUACAGUUCACAGAGGCAGGAAUGUUUGAAACGGUGUGGCAGGUGAAGUACUACAACUACAACAAGAGGGACCACUGCCAGUGGGGAAACAGCUUCAACAGCAUCGAGUACGAGUGCAAACCCAACGACACGCGCACGCUCAUGUGGGUCAACAAGGAGAUGUUUGUGUGAUGGAGAUAUUCAGUGUUUACUCUGCAAAAACACGAGGUGUGGCGUUUCUGAGCAUCAGCAUGUCAUGAUAAAUUAAUUUUCUUUAAUCCACAGCAGAUACACACUCAAUAUUUGACUUUAUUUUAAUUUAAAUUGAUUUUUUUUUUGUGUGUGUGUGUGUGUGUGUUUGAAAAGAAAAUGCAACCUUUCCCUCUUUUGUACUGUAAAAAAGCACAUCAGAUUAACAGCCAAAUCAGAUCCUACAGCAGAACAUAUAAUAUAAAAUGCAUGUUGUCAGUCUUCUCGCAAGGUGCAUUUUAUCAAGGUUAAAAUGAAACAUGUUGCACUUCUCAACAACCUGCAGUUUGAAUUAUGCAUUGAACAAUUAAAUGGAAUUUUGAGAUAAAUAUUUUAAUGUACCGUUCGGUUGUGGCGUGUGGUAAUGUGUAUGUGCAGUAGGCUACUGUGUGCGUGAGUGUGUCUGUGUUUAAUUACAGUAUGUGUGUGUGUGUUUUACAAACGGUGCUUGUACAGAUAUGUUUAUACAUGUGAAGAGUUUCAUUCCAAAAUGACUUAACAGAAUGUCCAGAAAUUCAUGUUAACAUUUACCAAAAUGUUAAAGAGAACAUUUUCCCUCUUGACCACGUCCUGUGUCCUUGCAUUAGUGAGAUUUUGAUGUCAUUGGCCCUCAAGCUGAUUUUUUCCCAUCUGUCCUCAUAUGGGAGCUUGCCAUGACAUCUGCAGCCUCUAAUUUUAAAAAUGUGGGGUGUGUUUUCAAAGUAUGCAACAGAGGAAGGUGACAUGGCAGACGACUCCAUAUCUUAAUACAGGUUUGAGAGGAUUUUUUCUAGCUUUAAGAAAUACAUGACAUCUCUGACCCAAUGAGAAAAGCAUAGGGGAGCACUUUUCAGUUUAGAGGGAUCAAACAGUGAAAGCUGUGACCGCGUGGGCUGUAUUUAGUGCGAUAGUGCAGGAUUCCUUCAAACUUAAACCAGAAAUUGCACAGACUUGUUUGGGGUUCAAUUGGAUUUCAAAUAUCUCACUAAAAGCUCUAAAAAUACUUCUGCAGAAGGUGGAGAGGUUUGGACAUAACCACAACAUAUGCAUUAAGCCUGCAAGCUGGCCUCUACAUCGAGGGCAUAAUGGCGCAACAUUCAAAUACAUCUUUUCCGGUCUAGCAUUAAUAAGAUGAGAAAAUUAUCAGCUACUUUAAUAAGCAGUAACCUGGAGAACAGGCAUGCCCAAAGUGUGGCCCGGUCGCCAACUGGGGCCUGCAGACAGAUUUUAAACAGCCUGUGAUGUGUCUUUCAAAACAUACCAUAUAUGGCCUGCUACAUAAUAUAGUUCACUCUGCAUUUUUUGCGUUUACCUCACCAUGGCAGGACUAUCAUACACAGUCGGAACAGCAGCUGAUCUGCUAGGUAACAUCAAUGGCCACAGCAAAAAAGUGUGAAGUCGACAGCAAGGGCCGCUACUUUCGGGAGCGGUGGGAAGUUGAAGAUUUUGUCACUGAAAGAUGAAACGGUUACAUUUGUCUUGUGACAUUUUUGGUGCGGCUUCUGCAGUGAUGCAGGCGCUGCGCCAGCCCAUCGUGGUGAGGAGAGAGCUGAGCCAGAAGAUUUACUGGUCUAUCUACGUCCCAACCCUCACCUAUGGUCAGAGCUGUGGGUAGUGACCAAAAGAAUGAGAUUGUGAACACAAACCAAAUCCUCAAAUCCAAAAUGAGUUUCCUCCAUGGGGUGGCUGGGCUCAGCCUUAGAGAUAAGGUAAGGAGCUCGGACAUCCG